UCUCUCCCAAUUCCCCAAUUCUCCAAACCCUCUCUCCCUCUCCAUCCUCCGGCGGGCGGCGGCUCUCCUCCUCGAUCCAUCCAUCCAUCCAUCAAUCGGGCACGAAGCGAUGGCGAGGGGCGAGAACAGCGAGUCGCACGGCAGCGGCAACGUCCCGGCGGCGGCGCCCGCGGCGGUCGGGAAGCAGGCCCCGGCGGCGGCGCGGGGCGCGGACGGGCAGUCGGUGGUGCGGCGGCUGCAGUCGGAGCUGAUGGCGCUGAUGAUGGGCGGGGACCCCGGGGUGUCGGCGUUCCCGGAAGGGGACAACAUCUUCCAGUGGGUCGGCACCAUCGACGGCUCCGCCGCCACCGCCUACGAGGGCACCUCCUACCGCCUCGCGCUCUCCUUCCCCAGCGACUACCCUUACAAGCCGCCCAAGGUCAAGUUCGAAACGCCUUGCUUCCACCCCAACGUCGACACCCACGGCAACAUCUGCCUCGACAUCCUCCAGGACAAAUGGUCCUCCGCCUACGACGUCCGCACCAUCCUCCUCUCCAUCCAGAGCCUGCUCGGAGAGCCGAACAACGACUCGCCGCUCAACACGCAGGCGGCCGCGCUUUGGGCCAACCAAGAAGAAUUUAGGAAGAUGGUGGAGAAGCUCUACAAGCCAGCGUAGAGGAAGUGGGGAAGGCGGCGGGGUAACGGAUCCGCGAAGGGUUUGGCUUGAAUCGGUUCCUUCGAUCUGCUCCCCGAUCUGGUGUUCGAUAUUGUCAACUGUUAGAUACUUGGCCUGUACUUGCUUCGAGUUUUGUUUGCCCGACUGUUUCGCUUUCGCGUGCUGUUAUCCCGAUGUAACUUAUGGUGUCUGCUGCCAUCGCUGAGAUGGGCAUACUUUACUCAAUUCAAGUUCUGGAACGAGGUGUUCGAUUAAGAUAUGAUUCAAAAGAAUAUACUGUAGGCAAUAUCAAAAAGUUACAGCA